AUGCGCAGGAGAAGGGGAGGUGACAAUGGGUUUGAGAGGGAGGUCAGGAAAUACUUGAUGUCUAGGAAGGUUGUCAAGAAGGCAGUCCAAAAGGCCCUAAAAGGAAUGGAAAGUAAACGUGCUGACAAAAACCAUGAGAAUCUGGCCAUGGUUAGCACAUUAAGAGAAAUAGAAGCAGCCACCCUCAAUGUCUUUGAAUCCUUGUUGUCUUAUAUAACAGGCUCUAAGUUGAGAUCAAAAUCAAGCAGCUGGUCUUUGGUCUCCAAGUUGUUCCUUCCCAAAAGAGUAGCAUGUGACAAUGAAGAUACGGAAAGAUCUGAACUCGAGAUGGUCAAUUCUGCAUUGUACUCCAUCGUUAGUGAAAGAACAAGCAAAUCUGAUGACAUGGUAACUGUUGAGAAUGUCCGGAACUUGUUGGAAAAAUUGGAGCCAAACGUUCAAGAUCUUGAAGAAGGACUUGAGCUCCUUUCAGGCGCUUAA